GACGACGGGGCGGGAUCGGCAUCGGCAGGCUCGGCGACUAAAACACACCGUACAUUAUGAAUAUAUCUUAUCUCAUCUCCUGCCAUGAUCUUUAGGACAAUUUGCCAAGAAUAUAUCUCGAAUAGUCAAGAAAAAUUAUAAAUUUCGCAAUAUACAUACCUAUCAUGGAGCGUGGAUUCGACAACACCAAAGCCAGCCCCUUCUGGAAGGAUGAGCUACCUGAAAUAGACCCCGAUGCCAAGAAGCUCUUUGUAGAGUAUGCCAAGAUGCCCGAAGAGGGGCUUGAGAAGCAUCUCAACGAGGUGCGGUGGAAUGCCUUCCAAACCAACCCGUACCCGUGCAUCGGCUGGUGCAUGUUUCUCAAGCUUGAUCUCAAGAAGAACAAGGAAUUCCCCGAAGCUGUCGAGCGUACCCAGAAGGGUGAGAAGCUACUUGACUUUGCCUGUGCUCUAGGCCAGGACCUGCGAAGCUUGCUGUUCGAGGGUGCGCCGGCUAGUAGUCUGUUUGGUGUUGACCUGGAGCCAAACUCGAUCAAGGCAGGCUACCUCUUAUUCAACGAUAAAGACUGUGGCAUCACUUUCCGCCAGGCGGACGGCAUGCGAGACGGUGCCCUAGAGGACUGGAACGGCCAGUUUUCCAUGAUUACCGCAAACCUUAUCUGGCAUGUCUUUACUUUGGAGGAACAGCAAAAGUUUGGAGAUGUGCUGAUGCGGUUGAUGACCGGCAAGCCAAACAAUCUUGUCUUUGGAAGGCUGCUCACGUCCAAGGUAGCGCCGAGCAUGGUGAAGCGUCGUAGUGGCGCUGCAUAUCUCCAUACAGAAGCCAGUUUCAUCCAGCUCUGGGAGGAUAUCGCGGCCCGCACGCAGAAAAAGGUCAAAGUCGAGAUGCAGUUUGCUCACGAGAUUGAUAUGAGAGAGGCGGGAGGCGAGAAUCCCACUCUAGCGUUCUACUCGGUUCGCCUUGAUGAAUAAUGAAUGGUACAUAGUUGUAUCUAGCUCUUUUUUCGAUCACAAAUAUUUCAUUAGCUCGUAAGGGCUGCAGAUUCGAGUCGCUUCUCAUAUUAUACUGCGGCGAUUGUCUCGGAGGGCUGCUUCAGUACGUAAGGCUCGACAGACUCAACAUCCAUCCAAAUCUAUUACAAACUGGUAAGGUUCAGUCAGAUACACGAGCCAGACAGACCUGUAGAUCUACUACCGUUCAAAGCUCAAGAUCGACAAUAAAUCUUGAAUAAAAUACGCCAGGAAAGUGACGGGAACGUAUCAUUGCCGUAUGUGGACGCGUGCGCAACCUGAUUUCCAUAUUACAAAUCCAUGUUGUCAAUGCGUUGAUUUGUAAUUUAUGGGAGCCUAUAUGCAAUAGCAUAUUCAAUAAUGCAACUAUUGGAGUUACUGGGCGUGUUUUCGUUCAAAAUGAGAGGUUUUUAGAUUUCAGAUACCUUUAUACCUGAGCUGUUUGUCUGCCAGCUGCCGGCCAGUUGGCACCUGGCAAACACAACUCCUCACCAUUGCGGGGUUAAUUGAGUACUUUAUCUGAUUGCAUCAUUGAUGAUAUACAUCUCACUAAAAUGCACCAAAAAAAAAUUUAACGAGAUUUAUCACGUUAUUCCCACGUUUCGACAUCGGCGAUCUGGGCUUUAAGGGUCCCCGGAUGGUUCAUGCACCCCGGAUUUUGGACGUCGCCGACCCUCCACCUCGCCGAACGGCACCUGUCAUCUCGCCGUCCGCUUCGCCGAUCACGCCAUGCACAACCCCGAUUCAGCUCGA